UGGGAUGUGGGCUGGGCUGGCGGGUUGUGCGGGGUGUGGGGGAGGCCCAGGAGGAAGCUGAGCUUAAUUCCCACAGUGACUAUCUUACCCUCGUGACAGGCUGGAGGCUGCCCAGCUUCUUGGGAGGCACAGGGGGUGGAGUCUGAAAUACAAGGUAAGGGCUUACGUCCAGGCAGGGUGGUUUUCUGCGACGACGUCAGUAGCUGUUCAGCACAGUCACGUUUCUAAGAUGCUCUUGACCUGGCUACUCUGCAGAUCUGGCCAUGUGCGCACUUGCUCAUCGGAGUUGUGGUCUAGUGUCAGUACCAGCCUUAGGCCUCAUGGGGCUUUUGCAAGACCAGGAGGGGGCGAUUUGUCAGAAGAGCCCGUGAGGCUGCCCUUCGUCUUUCCCCGAGAGAAGUCGCAGUUGAGGUCCUCGGGGCUUGUCCCCACAUCCGGUUUUUUAGUUGCUUUCUGGGGGGUUGGUGCUCAGAAACCCAGUUUUGGGCAGGAGCUGUGACUCAAUGGAAACAUCUGUUCUCGGACCCGCAGAGACCACCUGACAGGAAGGACAAGCAGUUCUUGCCAAGGACUUGCUCAGCCCUCAGACCUCCUGUGUGCAAUUCCUGAGUUCGGUUUGCCUACAUAAGGGCCUCGGUACUGCCCAGAGGGCUUGGCAGCGCCAUGUCUGAGGACCACCAGAGGUUGAGCCACUUCUCAAGCCAAGACUUCCUUGAUUGGGGGAACUAGGGGGCUCUUAAGAUCUGACAAGCAGUGUCCUGAGCCCAUAAAAAGUGCCGGGAAAAUCCACGGUUGGAGCCAGAAGUCUUGGAAGAUGGAUCUGUCUCAGCCCCCUAGGUCUGUGUUCCCAGGGCUUCCGUGUCCACCAGGCCACCAGACAGGGAAGACUGCCCGCCCGAGGGCUGACCCCAUGGUUGUGCAGGAGCAGGUUUCAGCAGGGCAUGCAGUGCUACAGGUGUUUCUUAUAAGGCCUUUCCCAGUGCACCUGUUCUGGCUGCUCCGGAGCUGCUGUCCAGUGCGGGAGGGGAGUGCGGUGGGCAGCCACGUUCCUGUGGCUUCAGUGGGCAGGUUCUGCGAUGGGUCCAGCACCUCUCCCUGGCUCCCCGCACUUCACCUCGGAGAGGAGGCCCUGCCCCUGGAAGAGGCGGGUGGCAAUCAGGUUAACUAGUGGACGUGGCCUUCCCUUCGCCCUGGCAGCCACCGUCUGGGGCCAAGGAGCCUAUUCCCACCCCAUCGAUGGCAGGUUUGCCUCGGGUCCCUGCGCCUUGGCCUAGACAAGUCUCGCCUCCACAUGAGUAGCCACGCCUCUGGGUGGGUGGGAUGAGGAGCUGGGGGCGCCGCAGGUGAGCGGAGUUGUGAGUGGGUCCUGGGCCGGGCCUAGGCAGCGGCGUGCUCCAAUCCUCGGGGUGGUCAGCCCUGAACCCCAGUCGGGAGACGCGUGGUGGGGCAGGAGGGCUACUGCGUAAAAGGGCCGCGGGUCCCGGCGCGCACAGAGGGAGGGUCGGGAGCGGUGCGAGCCGCGCUCCCGGGAGGACCGACUCCAGUGGAGCCCCAGCCUCACCUGCGUUGGCCACACGGUGGCGCCAAAGCACCGCCCGCCGGCCGCGGGGUCAGGUGGCCCUGGACGGCGCAGUCCGAUGACGCACGCGCGGCGCCGCCUCGCCCCGCCCACCGCGGGUCACGUGGCGCAGUUGGCGCAGCCUGAUAACGCGACGCCCAGCAUUUGGGCGCCGCUCCCGCCCCGCCGCCGCGCCGAGUCCUUUUGUCCAAGAUGGCGGCACCGGGGGCGCUGCCUCCUCGGCCGCCGCCGCCUCCGCCGCUUUGAGGGGCCUGCGGGCCGCCCGCCCGCCCGCCGCGCCGGCGCCAUGAAGAGGCAGAGCGAGCGAGACUCGAGCCCGAGCGGGCGCGGCUCGUCGUCAUCAGCUAAGCGGCCGCGGGAGCGCGAACGGGAGGCGGAGGCGGGCGGGCGGCGGGCGGCGCACAAGGCCUCCGGCGGCGCCAAGCACCCGGUUCCAACGCGGACCCGCGACAAACCCCGCGGCAGCGGAGGCGGCGGGAGUGGGCAUCGCGACGGCCGCGGCGCCGGGGACGCCAAUCACCGUGUGAGCAGCGGCCGCUCCUCGAGCUCAGGCGCCGGCGGCGGGGGACGCGGCGGCAAGGCCUCGGGGGACCCGGGAGCUUCAGGCGCUUCGCCUCGCUCGUCUCCGCUGCCACCACCUCCGCCACCGCCCGGGGCCGAGCCCGCGGGUCCCGGCUCGUCAGCGGCCGCGCCCGAGUACAAGACGCUGCUCAUCAGCAGCCUCAGCCCCGCGCUGCCCGCCGAGCACCUCGAGGACCGGCUCUUCCACCAGUUCAAGCGCUUCGGCGAGAUCAGCCUGCGCCUGUCGCACACGCCGGAGCUGGGCCGCGUCGCCUACGUGAACUUCCGGCACCCGCAGGACGCGCGCGAGGCCCGCCAGCACGCCCUGGCCCGCCAGCUGCUGCUCUACGACCGGCCGCUCAAGGUGGAGCCGGUGUACCUGCGCGGCGGCGGGAGCAGCCGGAGGAGCAGCAGCAGCAGCGCCGCCGCCUCCACGCCGCCCCCGGGGCCGCCCGCGCCCACCGACCCGCUCAGCUACCUGCCGCUGCACGGGGGCUACCAGUACAAGCAGCGCUCGCUGUCCCCCGUCGCUCCCCCGCCCCUGCGAGAGCCCCGGGCCCGCCACGCCGCCGCCGCCUUUGCCCUGGAUGCUGCCGCCGCCGCCGUGGGACUGUCCCGGGAGCGGGCCCUGGACUACUACGGGCUGUACGACGACCGCGGGCGCCCCUACGGCUACCCGGCUGUGUGCGAGGAGGACCUGAUGCCCGAGGACGACCAGCGGGCCACGCGCAACCUCUUCAUCGGGAACCUGGACCACAGCGUGUCGGAGGUGGAGCUGCGACGGGCCUUCGAAAAGUACGGCAUCAUCGAGGAGGUGGUCAUCAAGAGGCCCGCCCGUGGCCAGGGCGGUGCGUACGCCUUCCUCAAGUUCCAGAACCUAGACAUGGCCCACAGGGCCAAGGUGGCCAUGUCGGGCCGGGUGAUUGGCCGCAACCCCAUUAAGAUCGGCUACGGCAAGGCCAAUCCCACCACCCGGCUCUGGGUGGGGGGCCUGGGACCUAACACCUCACUGGCCGCUCUGGCCCGGGAGUUUGACCGCUUUGGGAGCAUUCGGACCAUCGAUCAUGUCAAAGGAGACAGCUUUGCCUACAUCCAGUAUGAGAGCCUGGACGCCGCCCAGGCCGCCUGCGCUAAAAUGAGGGGCUUUCCCUUGGGUGGUCCAGACCGCAGGCUGCGGGUGGAUUUUGCCAAAGCAGAGGAGACUCGGUAUCCCCAGCAGUACCAGCCCUCCCCCCUCCCCGUGCACUACGACCUUCUCCCAGAUGGGUAUGCCCGGCACCGCAACCUGGACCCGGACCUGCGGGUGCGGGACAGAACCCCCCCGCACCUCCUGUACUCAGACCGAGACCGGACCUUCUUGGAAGGGGACUGGACAAGCCCUGGUAAGAGCUCUGACCGCAGGAACAGCCUGGAGGGCUACAGCCGCUCUGUGCGCAGCCGCAGCGGGGAGCGCUGGGGAGGAGACGGGGACCGGGGCCUGCCCAAGCCCUGGGAGGAGAGGCGGAAGCGGAGGAGCCUGUCCAGUGACCGUGGGAGGACAACCCACUCCCCUUACGAGGAACGGAGCAGGACCAAGGGUGGUGGGCAGCAGGCCGACCGAGGCUCCGACCGCACCCCUGAGCGCAGCCGCAAGGAAAACCACUCCAACGAGGGGACCAAGGAGUCGGGCAGCAACUCCCUCAGCAACAGCAGGCACGGGGCUGAGGAGCGGGGCCACCACCACCACCACCACGAGGCUCCAGACGCUGCCCACGGGAAGAAGACCCGUGAGAGCGAGCGCAACCAUCGGACCACAGAGGCUGAGCCAAAGCCUCUCGAAGAGCCAAAACAUGAGACCAAAAAGCUCAAGAACCUCUCGGAGUACGCGCAGACGCUGCCGCUGGGCUGGAGCGGGCUGCUGGUGUUGAAGAACAGCUGCUUCCCCACAUCUAUGCACGUCCUCGAGGGGGACCAGGGCGUGAUCAGCGGGCUCCUCAAAGACCACUCUUCCGGGAGUAAGCUGACUCAGCUGAAGAUUGCGCAGCGCCUCCGACUGGACCAGCCCAAGCUCGACGAGGUCACACGACGCAUCAAGCAGGGGAGCCCCAAUGGCUACGCAGUGCUGCUGGCCACGCAGGCCGCCCCCAGCGGGCCUGGCACUGAGGGGAUGCCCCUGGUGGAGCCAGGCCUACAGAGGCGGCUUCUCAGGAACCUGGUCUCCUACUUGAAACAGAAGCAGGCGGCCGGUGUGAUCAGCCUGCCGGUGGGUGGGUCCAAGGGCAGAGACAGCACGGGCAUGCUCUACGCCUUCCCGCCCUGCGACUUCUCGCAGCAGUACCUCCAGGCGGCACUGAGGACCUUGGGCAAGCUGGAGGAGGAGCACAUGGUGAUCGUUAUAGUGAGGGACACUGCCUAGCCCGGACGCCUCCCAGCGCCACUUGUGUCACGAAAGCAGUCAUUUUAGAACCUGAUCCGCUGCCUCAGUCCUACCCCCUCGGUUUGACUUUUCUGCUGGGUUGUUUUGGUUCAUUAGGUGGGAGACCAAAGUCCUGUCCCCACCAAAACUGAGUUCUUAGGUUUUGGGGAUUUUUUUCCCGUGAUGAGAAGGGACUCCUGUCAUGUUGGUUUCUAGUGUACGAGAUACUGUCUGCUGUGUUCUGUAUUUUUUUUACUUUUUGACUAACUGUAUGGAAAGUUGUCAGUAAAGCCUUUGUCAGAGGAUGGAUUUUUAAUCCUG